UCCUCUGCCGUCCGCCCAGGGAGGGGCUGAGAGGAGAGCUGAGGAGGGCGCGCCGCCCAGUCCUGAGCCCCCAGCCCUGAGCCCCCUGCCCGCGGUGGCACCAUGCGCGCCCAGCCGGCGUGACCGGCUCCGCCCGCAACCGCCCCGCAGCCCAGCCUGGCGCUCUAGCUGGCCACACCGAGCGGCGCCCGGGAGCUAUGAGCCAUGAAGCCGCCCGGUAGCAGCUCCCGGCGGUUGCCCCUGGCAGGCUGCAGCCUUGCCGGCGCCUCUCGCGGCCCUUGCUGCGGCCCCGUCGGCCCAGUGCCUGUCCGCGCCCCGGCCCGCGCGCCGCCCUGUCUCCUGCUCCUCGUCCUUCUCCUGCUGCCUGCGCUCGCCUCCUCGUCCCGGCCCCGUACCUGGGGGGCCCCUGCGCCCAGCGCUCCGCACUGGAAUGAAACUGCAGAAAAAAAAUUGGGAGUCCUGGCAGAUGAAGAYAAUACAUUGCAACAGAAUAGCAGCAGUAACAUCAGUUACAGCAAUGUAAUGCAGAAAGAAAUCACACUGCCUUCAAGACUCAUAUAUUAUAUCAACCAAGACUCAGAAAGCCCUUAUCAUGUUCUUGACACAAAGGCAAGACACCAGCAAAAACAUAAUAAGGCCGUCCAUCUGGCCCAGGCAAGCUUCCAGAUUGAAGCCUUUGGCUCCAAAUUCAUUCUUGACCUCACACUGAACAAUGGUUUGCUGUCUUCUGAUUACGUGGAGAUUCACUAUGAAAAUGGGAAGCCACAGUACUCAAAGGGUGGAGAGCACUGUUACUACCAUGGAAGCAUCAGAGGUGUCAAAGACUCCAAGGUGGCUCUGUCAACAUGCAAUGGACUUCAUGGGAUGUUUGAAGACAGUACCUUCGUGUACAUGAUAGAGCCGCUGGAGCUGACUCAUGACGAGAAAAGCACAGGUCGACCACAUAUCAUCCAGAAAACUUUGGCGGGACAAUAUUCCAAGCAAAUGAAGAAUCUCAGUACAGAAAGCAACGACCAGUGGCCCCUUCUGUCUGAAUUACAGUGGCUGAAAAGGAGGAAGAGAGCCGUGAAUCCCUCUCGUGGUGUAUUUGAAGAAAUGAAAUAUUUGGAGCUUAUGAUAGUUAAUGAUCACAAAACGUAUAAGAAGCAUCGUUCUUCUCAUGCACAUACCAACAACUUUGCAAAAUCUGUGGUCAACCUUGUGGAUUCUAUUUACAAGGAGCAGCUCAAUACCAGGGUUGUCCUGGUGGCCGUAGAGACCUGGACUGAGAAGGAUCAUAUUGACAUCACCACCAAUCCUGUGCAGAUGCUCCAUGAAUUCUCCAAAUACCGGCAGCGUAUCAAGCAGCAUGCUGACGCUGUGCACCUCAUCUCGCGCGUGACAUUCCACUAUAAGAGAAGCAGUCUGAGUUACUUCGGAGGUGUCUGUUCUCGCACAAGAGGGGUUGGUGUGAACGAGUAUGGUCUUCCAAUGGCAGUGGCACAAGUAUUAUCACAGAGCCUGGCUCAAAACCUUGGAAUCCAAUGGGAACCUUCUAGCAGAAAGCCAAAAUGUGACUGCACAGAAUCCUGGGGUGGCUGCAUCAUGGAGGAAACAGGGGUAUCCCAUUCCCGAAAAUUCUCAAAGUGCAGCAUUUUGGAGUACAGAGACUUUUUACAGAGAGGAGGUGGAGCCUGUCUUUUCAAUAGACCAACAAAGCUAUUUGAGCCAACAGAAUGUGGAAAUGGAUACGUAGAAGCUGGGGAGGAAUGUGACUGUGGUUUCCAUGUGGAAUGCUAUGGAUUGUGCUGUAAGAAGUGCUCCCUGUCCAACGGGGCCCACUGCAGCGAUGGGCCCUGCUGUAACAAUACCUCAUGCCUUUUUCAGCCACGAGGUUAUGAGUGUCGGGAUGCUGUGAAUGGRUGUGAUAUCACUGAAUAUUGUACUGGAGACUCUGGCCAGUGCCCGCCAAAUCUUCAUAAGCAAGAUGGAUAUGCCUGCAAUCAAAAUCAGGGCCGCUGCUACAACGGCGAGUGCAAGACCAGAGACAACCAGUGUCAGUACAUCUGGGGAACAAAGGCUGCAGGAUCUGACAAGUUCUGUUAUGAAAAGCUGAACACAGAAGGCACGGAGAAGGGAAACUGCGGCAAGGAUGGAGACCGGUGGAUCCAGUGCAGCAAACAUGACGUGUUCUGUGGAUUUUUACUUUGUACCAAUCUUACUCGAGCUCCACGUAUUGGUCAACUUCAAGGAGAGAUCAUCCCGACUUCUUUCUAUCAUCAAGGCCGAGUGAUUGACUGCAGUGGUGCUCAUGUAGUUUUAGAUGAUGAUACAGACGUGGGCUAUGUAGAAGAUGGAACACCAUGUGGCCCAUCCAUGAUGUGUUUAGAUCGGAAGUGCCUACAGAUACAAGCCCUAAAUAUGAGCAGCUGCCCACUUGAUUCCAAGGGUAAAGUCUGUUCAGGCCAUGGGGUGUGUAGUAAUGAAGCCACCUGCAUCUGUAAUUUCACCUGGGCAGGAACAGACUGCAGUAUACGAGAUCCAGUUAGAAAUCCUCACCCACCCACGGAUGAAGGACCCAAGGGUCCUAGUGCCACCAAUCUCAUAAUAGGCUCCAUCGCUGGUGCCAUCCUGGUAGCAGCUAUUGUCCUUGGGGGCACAGGCUGGGGAUUUAAAAAUGUCAAGAAGAGGAGGUUCGAUCCGACUCAGCAAGGCCCCAUCUGAAUCAGCUGCAUGGGAUGAUGCCACCUUGCACUACUGGGUCCUGGGUGUGACACACUUGCCGCGACUAUGCAGGAACUCUUAAGUCUGUAAGCAAGAACACUGGGUGGUAAUGACUACAGAGCUGAAGUCCGGGUGAUGGGGAUGGGGAAAAAGAAAACUGUCCCUUUUGGAAAUAAUCUCAAAGAACCCCUCCCACAACCUGUCAAUAAAAGUGGGGCAAAAGACCAUGUUAUCAAAAGAACUGUUUGGAAUCCUUUUUUUUUUUUUUCCCCUAAGGAAAGGAGAAAGGAACAAAAAACAUUAAGUGCAAUAAAAGAACCAUUAAAAAAUAGCAAAUGAUUAUCCCCMCCCCCUCAGCCUGCUGGCACUUAAUAUCUUCUAAAUGAUUUGGCAUGAUUUUUUUUUUCUUUUACUACCAAUGACAAACUCCAGUGGCAUGAAGAUUCAAUUUUUGAAAGGGUAAAAUCUGCAUGGCAUAUAUUACUAGAAGCUAGCAAGCCAAUCCUCAGCAAAACCUGCAAUGGAAUUC